GGACCUAAAUUGGAUUGUACAUGCUAUGAUCAUAAAAUGAGAGGUGCUCAUUGUAAACAUAUACUCUACAUUCUAUUAAAAGAACUCCAGAUUGAAGAUUUAACAAAUACCAUUUACAUGACACAGUUUCCUUCUGAUCAAGUAAGUCAUCUUGAUUCACUUUGUUUGUAUUGAUUUACGUAGCUUUUACAAGACAUUUUCAGUCAUUAUCAUGCUGUUGCUUAAAUGUGACUAUUACCUUCAUUUCUUUCGCCUUUUUUUUUUUUUUUCAAUUCAAUAAAUGCCACCUAAAGACCUUACUCCUAAACAAAUAUCAAAUGGUAUAAGUUAUGUUCAAAAAGAAGCACCUUUUCUAGCACGUCUUAGAGGAAAGCAACAAGAACAACAAAAAGCUACUCAAAAGUUCGAAAACUAUCAAGAUGGACAAGACGAUCAAGAUUACGAUGAACUAGAAGGCGCUCAAAUAGUCGAAUUAGACAGUCAUGGAAAAGGUAAAAUUUCCAUGUGUUUUCCUAAAAUUAACAUUAUGAUAGAAAUACAUCAAGAUGAACCAGAAAAACCGCAAGAACCAGAAGAACCAGAACAACCAGCAGUGGAUGAACAUGGUCGACUAUUGUUUCGUAAAAGAAAAGGGGAAACUUCUGCUUCUUCAAAACGAAAAUUAAAAUCUAUCAUUGAUGAGGAAAUCAAGAAAACAGAGCCAAAAAAGAAAAAGAAAAACAAAGCGUCUAAAACAAGUUUAUUAUCUUUUGAUGAUGAUGAAUAAACAAAAUAAAUAAAUAUUCUACCGAUUAA